UUUUUUAAAACCUAGAAAUAUGAACAAGAUCUUUCACUAGAAGCCAAACUUAAAGAAAAUGCUAUCCAUGUUUGAAUGUCUGGGUAGUGAUUCUUCGUUGUAAGCUCCGAGAAGUUGUUUGAUGCUGCAGUCUAUUUUGAUCAGCGAAAUUCGAGGAUCUGCAAUGAUUUUAUGGGAAUGAUUAGUACAAAGUGGGUGCGAGUUUAAACCCUUGAAAUCCAUAGCUGAAGGAGGGGUUCCAUUACCGUGCUUCAGAAUGGCUACUUCAUUAACUUUUACCCGAACAUUAUGCGCAAAUAACACCCUUUAUUCUUCGAGGCAAUGUUUUAAAAAAUUAGGUUUUCAAAUAAACAGAGUCACAAGGCUGUACAGACCAAAAUCUGCAUUGGAAAGGUACAAUGGUCUAUCGAAGAAGAAGAAACUUCAUAUCCGGCCAUGUCGGCUGCAGGCUGCAAUGGAUGCUUCAUUUGGUGGUCAAAUGGGUCAUCAGCCAGUAUUUCCUCGUCUUAAUGUAUGGGAUCCAUAUAAACGGCUUGGAGUUGGUAGGGAUGCUUCUGAGGAGGAAAUUUUGGAAGCUCGAAAUUUUCUUAUUGAGGAAUAUGCUGGACACGAGAGUAGUGUUGAGUCAAUAGAAGCUGCUUUUGAAACAAUAAUGAUGACCAGUUUCAGGGUGAGGAAGAAAUCUAAAAUCAACUUGAAAAGUAAGUUGAAAAAAAAGGUAGAUGAAUCACCUCCUUGGGUUAAGAGCAUAGUUGAUUCGGUAGAGAUUCCUGAAAAAAAGGUCAUCCAGAGUAGAGCUGCACUCUUUUUGAUUAUUGGAAUAUGGAGUAUAUUCAGAUCUGCUGAGGGGGGACCUGCAUUCCAGGUUGCAGUUGCAUUGGUGGCAUGUAUAUAUUUGCUGAAUACGAAACUCAAAAGCAUUGGAAGAGCCUGUGCGAUUGGGUUUGGAUCGUUUGUCAUUGGGUGGUUUUGUGGCUCUUUGUUGGUACCACUUAUCCCUUCAUUUCUACUUCCAGCGACCUGGCCGCCUGAACUUCUUACCUCCCUUAUAUCUUACAUUUUCCUUUUUAUGGGCUGUACAUUCUUAAAAUGAGGUUUUGGUCAAAGCAUUCUGAGAUAUAUUCAACAAAAUUUUAGUAGGUUAUAGAAGUGAGAAAUCUUGCAAUUGGUGUGGAAAUAAUUCUCUCAUCACACCGUAGAAAAUUGAGCUGGUGACAUUCAUGGUGUCUAUUUCAGAAUUGAGAGCCUGUAUUAAUUCAAAGUCUUGAUAGAGUUUUGUAAUGUAAUUCUUAGCAUUUCUGAGCUCAUAUUUUUCAAAUGAGUUACGGAAAUACCGGCAUAAUAUCACAUUUAUUUUCAAGAUAAACAAAGGAAGGCCACAAAUCACUAAAGUCCCUUGCCCAAUUUUUCGUUUACAACUGCUCUGCUUUUAAUCUAAAUAAAAGGUUUUUAGAA